UGCGGUUGUGCGCUUGCGCACUGGCGUGCGUAGCCAGUUGAACGGGAUCGCGGGAGCGGGAAGAGUGAUGCAGCGAUGGUUUUCCGUACCUGUGCCGUGAACAGGAGUGCGAGUGGGCGUCGGUGUCUGUGGGAGCCAGUCGGGUGAGCGUCAGUACCUGUGAUGCCGCUGCGACACUGGGAUGCGCUUGCGCCUCAGAGGUGACAGGCGCACACCUGUGGGGCGCUGUGCGCGCCUCUCAUGGCUGUGCCACGAUGCGUGGUCGGCUGAGGGGCAGCGGCUGGCAUCGGGGAGGCAGGAGCACCACGAGAGCUUCCCGUUGUACCUGCGGAGGGAUCGAACUCAGGACCUUAUGCUUACAAGCCAGGCACAGUGCCACUGAGCUACAUCCCCAGACUAAAUUUGUGUGUAUCGACUCAUACUCGCAUCCCUGAGCAGGUUGCAUGGUGGUGGACUCCCUCAGCUGCUGUUUGCCCUGGAAAGUCUUCGUCCUCCUGUUUCUGGAGCACAGAGGGAACGCCAAGAUAACGGACCCAGCCCCGAGAGCUGAGACCAUGGCCCACGUGGAGGAGUGCUACCGGAAGCUGUGCCUGCAGACUCUGCGCUGCAUCCGGGCCUUUGUGAGCCGCCAGGAGCCCGGAGGGCAGGGAGUGCUGUCCUUCGCGGACGUGGCCGUGGUCUUCUCCCAGAAGGACCCGGUCCCCCCCCAAAGUGUAAAAACGCGCUACAAGAACCUCAGGACUCUUUUCCCUGUGAAGGUGGAGGAGUGCUACCGGAAGCUGUGCCUGCAGACUCUGCGCUGCAUCCGGGCCUUUGUGAGCCGCCAGGAGCCCGGAGGGCAGGGAGUGCUGUCCUUCGCGGACGUGGCCGUGGUCUUCUCCCAGAAGGAGUGGGCGCGCCUGACCCCCGCGCAGAGGGACAUGUACUGGGACGUGAUGCUGGAGAACUACAAGCACCUGGUCUCGCUGGGUAUGGAGCCGUCACGUGUAGCUAAGAGUCUAGCUAUAGAAAAGAGCUUCUAUAAAAUCAGUCUUCUCAGAAGGAAGGCACACAGGAGAAGCCAGUCCUGUCCAGCUAGCGGGAUGCGCGGAGGUGAGUCUAAAAGGUCCCAAGGGCCUGGAGGGAGGCAUCGCAGCCGCCAGGAGCCCCGCUCCGGAAAUGGUGCCCCACCUCGGCCCAGCUCCAGCUCGCGGCCGCACAGGGAGAGCGCCUACGAGUGCACAGAUUGCGGGAAGGUCUUCAGCCGCAGCUACCAGCUGAGCCAGCACCAGAAGAUCCACACUGGCGAGAAGCCCUACGAGUGCAAGGACUGCAAGAAGGCCUUCCGCUGGGGGAACCAGCUCACCCAGCACCAGAAGAUCCACACGGGUGAGAAGCCCUACGAGUGCAAGGACUGUGGCAAGGCCUUCCGCUGGGGCUCCAGCCUGGUCAUCCACAGGAGGAUCCACACCGGGGAGAAGCCCUACGAGUGCAAGGACUGCGGCAAGGCCUUCCGGCGGGGUGACGAGCUCACCCAGCACCUGCGCUUUCACACCGGCGAGAAAGACUACGAGUGCAAGGACUGCGGCAAGACCUUCAGCCGCCUCUACAAGCUCAUCCAGCACAAGAGGAUCCACAGCGGCGAGAAGCCCUACGAGUGCAAGGACUGCGGCAAGGCCUUCAUCUGCGGCUCCAGCCUCAUCCAGCACAAGAGGGUGCACACCGGGGAGAAGCCCUUCGAGUGCCAGGAGUGCGGGAAGUCCUUCACGCGUGUCAACUACCUCACCCAGCACCAGAAGAUCCACACGGGGGAGAAGCCGCACGAGUGCAAGGAGUGCGGGAAGGCCUUCCGCUGGGCCUCCAGCCUGGUGAAGCACGAGCGCAUCCACACCGGGGAGAAGCCCUACAGGUGCGCGGAGUGCGGCAAGGGCUUCAACUGCGGCUACCACCUCACGCAGCACGAGCGCAUCCACACCGGCGAGACCCCGUUCAAGUGCAAGGAGUGUGGCAAGGCCUUCAUCUACGGCUCGAGCCUGGUGAAGCACGAGCGCAUCCACACCGGGGAGAAGCCGCACGAGUGCAAGGACUGCGGCAAGGCCUUCAGCCACAGCCACCAGCUCACGCAGCACCAGAAGACCCACACGGCAAAGCCGCACGUGUGCAAGGAAUGCGGCAAGGUCUGCAAGCACUCCAGCCACCUCAAGGGGCACCUGCGGGUUCAUAAGAAUCUGUAAGCGGGAGAAACAGAGUGCAGCGCGGCUCUACCGCCCGUUCAUUCCUUCCUCACCAGGAGGAAGCCACACUUCAAUUUAACAUCGGGCAGCCUUCCCUGGCCAUCCUCACACGCACGGAACACCACCACGAACCCCGGAGGCAGGUGUGCACCAGGCAGAAGCCACUUUUCUGUAUGCACGACACAUUCAUGCCGACACUCGCCGCAGGUGGCUGGGCUGAGUGAAUCCCAGAGGCCUGCGCUGCCAUCCACCUUUACCACACCGUGGGUUCGUGCUAGGGAACGGCCCAGCUAAGUAAUGCGCGCGGGAGCCCGUCAUCAGGGCGCCCACCCCGCCACUUCACCCCGUGAGACAGGCCGGCACACACUUCCCGCUGCCCUGUGCAUUACACACGCACCCGGCGCGGUCGGGUCACGUCCCAGCGAACCCAUCCUGUGCUGGGAAUGCCGCAGAGAUGCGCCAAGGACACCUGACCGAGCCAGCACUGGGCCUCGUCCAGCAUUCCCCAGAUGGGCUCAGAAUACUCCCACUAGCCGGAACUGGGCCAACCCGUCUAAAAGCCCCUUCAGUGACCAAGUGCUAGGCGUCUCGUGUAAUUUAUUUAAUAUUGUACUGAAAGUGAAAAUCAGUGGCUAUGUGGUUAAUGCUUUUGCGCCAUUGUAAGUUCUAAAGUCAGUGGUUGUGUGGGUUCGCUUUCGCACCACCCUACAGUUCAAAAAUCAGUGGCUGUAGGGCUAUACUUGCAGCAUUAUAAAGUUCAAAAAUCAGUGGUUGUGUGGGUCCGCUUGUGCAGCAUCCUAAAGUUGAAAAACUGUGAGUUGAAACACCUGUAACUUGAGAGUGUCUGUAACCGUACAAUGUCCGUUGUGUGCAUUGUCUGUUCAUUAGGAUAAUCAAUCUACCUAAGACUGCUGUUGUGGAAAUUAAGCGUACGUACAUGUAAACUCCUGGACAGUGUGUCCGGAGUACUGUGUCGGCUCAGUAAAUAUUACCUAUUGUUCUUGUGACCAUCACCACCUCAGUGUGACUCUUGUGAGCUCUUUAUUGCCAGACCACCUGGGAGUGCAGUGAGUUUGGAAGCUCAGGCUUCCUGGAGAAAGCAGAGAUUGCCGUCACUGUCUUGAGUUGGUCAGUCACGACUACGGCACAGAAGGAAAGGAACACAAAAGGUUACGUUAGACUUCAUCCAAAGCACAAAGCGAGUUGAGAAAUGAUGC